GUCUCCUUCUCGGCGCGUCAUGAUCAUGAUGUGUGGGAGCGAACUUCUGUCCUGUGUGUCUGCUCUCGAAGGUAGAAUCAACGAUCGCUAUAAUAUUGCCUGGGUAGCAAUACUGUGAAACAGCACAGAUACCCAUCAUCGUGAUGAACAGCCACUGGCAUGAUGAGCACUGCAUGCCAGAGUAGCCGGCGCGUAUUGUGUCGUCCACCGUCACUCACCCACCGCAACCAGCCUGCACUUCAAACUUCAAACCGAUGACCUCGUCCAGAUCACCGGCACUCUCCGCAAGCUCUCAGAGCAAAUCAUGGACCAACCUCCGCCAGAAGUUCAUGCACGUCUUGCCACGUCCCGGCGAGGACACCCCGCACACAUCAAGCAGUCGCCCCGGGGCCGCCGCGCCGAUCAUCCACCCCCUACCAACCCGACUCACCGAACUCGUGUCGACGGAGAUAUACGAGCAGGUCAUCACUUAUUGCACGGACAAGGCGACACUGCUGGCGUGCAUGCGCGUCUGCAGGGCCUGGGUGCCGCGCGCCCGCUUCAUCUUGUUUUCGAGGGUUAUCUGUCGUCCGCGCGUCGUCAUUCCAAGCGGCACAACCGGGAGCCUCGUUUCCUGUGUUGCGCUCUACCGAGGACCAGACUCCGAUGUGGAGGAGCUGAUCCACGGUAACUCGGAUGGGGUCUACCAUUCCGCCUCCAGGAGAAUACUGCUGAGGGUCAAGCACGUAUCGCAGAUGGCGAUUUUAGUCGAAUACGAUCUAUUUCUGUGCCUGGCUGACGGGCUGUUCAGCACAUUACCGCUGGAUAGACUGCUAUCCGGCCACGCGCACGAGCAUGAUCUGACAGUCCUGUCGAAGCACGUUCACGCCUUCGAUGUUCUGCGAGACGGCGCGAAGGCCCAAGUAUGCGUCCGGAAGGGCAGCUCUCGGAAUGGCAUCAUCAAGGUCUUUGAGACCCGGCGAGGGGUUUCCAGCGGGCAGGGCGCAGGCCAACCCGCCACGUGGGGUCUGCACAAAACGAGGGAGAUGUUCGUCCCGAGCGGGAUACACUCCCUCCGGCAGGCAACUAUGAACAUGCUCGUCGUCGGUCUGCAGGGCACGGGUGGCUUCGAGGUCAUCCACGUGCAGACCGCGGAGACGCAGAGUUUGCUCGACCCCAACGACUUCACCCUCAAGUUUGUAUUCAGGAAUAAAUCUCUCAGGGCGCUGGAAUGUAUCAGAUCGCGAGAUCAGGAGAGGUUCUUGGUCUGCUACGACAAAUUCGGGUUAUUCGUCAACCUACAUGGGAAUCAGCUCUCAGAGCCGCCCAUGAUGCGCUGGUCCGAAGGCUCGCCUCCAAUCUACUUUGCCCUCAAGGAACCCUACCUGCUCGCAUUUACAUCUACGUGCCUCUAUGUGUGGUGGACCGAAACUGGGGGGUCCAAGCAGACGGUUCUCGGCCAAUAUACGCUGCUCAACGCGGUCGGCCGGGAUGAGAGAAUAUUCCUAAUGGCACAUGGGAGUGGGGAUGUCGUCGAGCUCGUAUUCAAUUCCUGAACAUCUGAGAAAGAAAUGUCGUGUAUUACAGUCAAUCGCUCCCAGGAGUAUCUACAGGAUCUACAUCCUUUGCCUCUAGCGAAAGUCCAAGUUGUACAAUAGUUGAAGUGCUGUCACGGGACCGGUCAUGGUGUAAUUAUCACAAGACUUGCAUUUUCAGACCUUGGAAUAACCGUUUCAGUGUUGGCAUGAAACCGCUCACGAUAUGAAGAGAACGGUGGCUUCCGGGGACAAAUGGCCUCGGGCGAACGCCUGGAGUCGCCUGCAGAUGUUCUAGCGCUCUCGCGUCCUUUAUUCUAAUCGUUUCUCGUGAUGAUCGCACUGACCAUCGUCCUUUUCGCACUCGCCAUGAAGCCUCUGCUACUCCGACCUCUAUUCCUUCUCCUCAUCCUGGCGCUGGCGCUCUGUGUAUCGCGCAGCACGACAUGCGUGUUCGUU